AUCAUUGGUGCUAUUUUUCGAGGCUACCUUUGGUGCUUAGAUUGUAAACAUGGAAAACAAUACAGCUGCUAGCUGUCAUUAAUGCUCGAUAAAGACACGACACUGCAACUGUCGCUGUCUUGCAAUGAGCCCUUAAAACAUUCAGAAACUGGAAUAUUUAUGAACCGUUUCUUCGUGGAUAAUCAGUAGUUCAGGACAACGCGCUUGUUGAUGAACGGGUGUUUGUUUCAUAAUAUACUAUUUUUAGAGUAGCCUAAGUGAUCCUUCGUGUUUUAUGAAUUCAAGGCUUAGUUGACCUAUCAACUAGUGAACUUCUGUAUUCGCGACGAUCGUUUUUAUUGAGUGACUGCUGUCGCAAUCGGCAUCCCAAUGGCGAUUAAUAAAACAUACAUCAGCAUAGGCUAUGCUGCCUUUGGCAUGGCAAUGGGAUUCUCCGCUUUUCUGGUGUGGAAUGUUGCAUAUAAACAACCAUGGACAGGAGCAAUGGGCGGCUUGUCAGGUGUGCUUGCCCUCUGGGCACUGGUCACACACAUCAUGUACCUGCAGGACUACUGGCGGACCUGGCUGAAGGGGCUUAAGUUCUUCCUCUUCAUGGGGAUCUUCUUCUCUGUCCUGUCCAUCAUCGCCUUCAUCACGUUCCUCUCGGUGGCCAUCACACGUAAAGAAUCUCUGAAGGAUCCCAACAGCCUGUUCCUGUCGUGUGUGUGGAGCUUCAUGUCUCUGAAGUGGGCCUUUGUGCUCUCGUUGUCUGCCCACCGCUACCGCAAGGAGUUUGCUGACAUCUCCAUCCUCAGUGACUUUUAACCAUGCCUGACAACAAAACACACACACACACACACACACACACACACACACACACACACACACACACACACACACACACAUGUAGUACACACUCUUACAUACAUCCCCUAGUAUAAUCAUACAAUUACAAUUACACCCUGACACGGCACACACACACACACACACACACACACACACAUACACACACACACACACACACGCACGCACACUACACUCCUGGACCUAGCUUCUUAGGGGGUAAGAAGACACAGAGAGGAGAUGAAUGAGUAGAAGUGAGAGGUAUGUGGGAAUGGGGCGUGAAUGGGUGAGGAUGUUAAAUGAGAGCCCAUGGAAUUUUUUAUCUUUCUUUCUUAUGCAGUGUCCUUUUCUAUCUUUCCAACAAUCCCUCUCUGUCAUCCACUCUUUCUCCUUCUACCUUUCUCUAUCGGACAUGGAUGUUUUUUAAUGACCGUAUUUUCAGUGUCAUCAGUUCAUGUGCAGUAUGUGUGUGUGUGUGUUGCAUCUCUUUGCUUCUGCUAACAACACAGGUCUUCAUGUGAUAUCUGCCAUUUUUUUUAUACCUAACCACACAAAUCAGUUUGGUCUGCACCACGUCUCAAUAUAUACAAUUUCACUUGAUUAAAAAAAAAAAAAAGGAACUGUUCUGAGGGGUUGAAGGCAGAAGAAAUGUUUUACCACUACUUUGGCUUGUGAUGCACCAUUUUCACCACAUGGUGGUGCUGUGCCACUUUUUUUGUGUUCUUGGCAAAUGAAACAAGGUCCAUUUAAAUCCACACACAUCCUGUAUGCAACACAGCGCCCGCCCGCGCGCGCGUAUCCACUGUCUACUGUCAGCCAUCAUAGACACCGCAGCCAGAACAAGCACACCACAACCAUGUCCCCACUGAGACAGGAUUGCACUUUAUUGCCUGCUUGUGUCACAGGGCAUUCGAUGGGUCCCUUGUAGGGUAUAGAAAGCAAAUGUCUGGUGUCUGUAAGUGUGGCCAGGAGGAAUCUCAGAGGCAUUAUACUCUUGGGAAGCUUUUACCAUUUUAAUCCACAUCUCUGUAUAGAUGUGAUUUACCAAAUCCUUUUUUUUUUUUUCAAUGCAAUAGCAUGCUGAUAUUUUAUUUUUAUUUACGUUGUGAAUUCCUAAUGUUGUGGGGGGCCUAAACAAUAUUGAGAUUAACCUUUCAAUUCUUGACUGUUAGACUAACAGACUUAUGAAACAUAAUGAUUUAAGUGGGAAUGUUGGUAUAGCUGUUUGUCAGAGAGCAUUUUUUUUGUUAUUGUUGGGUGAGUUUGCUUAUCAGAGAUUAUCUAAAGAUAAACCAGUGUAAGGGACUUUCUUUUCUUUAAAGUUUGUAGCAUUUUACUGGAUAUUGUUCGAAGUGUCUGUUUGAGAUGAUCUUUGUCCGAGUGAUUACAUCAUAGGAGAAAUGUUAAAGACAGUCUUCACACGAUGUCUUUCUGCUGAGGCCAUGAUGUCUCAGGGUGACAGGACAGUCCAAACACAUCGGCCUCCGAUAGCCUGACUACAAACCAGCGAGUGUGCAUGUCCUUUCACGUACAGCAACCACAACUGUUUUUAUUUUAUUAUUAUUAUUUUAUUUUAUUACAACUGUCUUUUUUGUGCUUAUUUACAGAUAGGCCUUUGUAGUAGCAUUUUAUUGCAGUUAUUUUUAAAUCGUUUCAUUAUCAGGUAAAUAUAUAUACAGUAUAUAUCUGUGCAACAUAAUGUACUGUCAUAGCAAGAGCCAAUUCCAUGUAUGACAUAAUGUGUGUGUAUGUGCAGUCAUAAUGUCAGAGAGGCCCACUAAUAAAAUGUGCUUUUAUGAGACAA